CUAGGCAAGUCAGUUAAGAACAAAUCUUUGAUGGGAUUCACUUAUGUCUGGACAUUAACUUCCCUUGUUAUUUGAGAACUGUCUGUGAGGAAGACAGUGAAUGUUAUUUUGUUGGUGUUGUUGAACAUUUUAUAGCCGAUUUACAGCAGAAGCGUCACCAUGUUGAGUAACAACGCUGGAGUCUAUGCUGUCAAAAAGCGGAAGAAGCCCGUUCAGAAAACCAAGAAAACCCCUGCUCCAGAAGUGGUCAAGUCGAACCCUUCCAAACGCCACCGGGAUCGGCUGAAUGGGGAGCUGGACAGGCUGACGGGCCUUCUACCAUUCCCUGAGGAUGUGUGCUCUCGCCUGGACAAACUCUCCGUGCUCCGCCUCAGCGUUGGGUACCUGAAGGUCAAGAGCUUCUUCAAAGCGACCAUGAAGAAAAGCAGUGUCCUGUUUCCCAGUGGGAAUGGGCUGAACAUUAAUGGGAUGGAAGCCACAACCUUCUCCAAGGGGGACCUUCUACUCCAGGCUCUGAAUGGCUUUGUGCUGGUGGUCACAGCUGAAGGACAUGUGUUCUAUGCCUCUCCUACUAUCCAAGACUACCUGGGCUUCCAUCAGUCAGACGUGGUUCACCAGAGUGUGUUUGAGCUGAUCCACACAGAUGACAGAGCCACGUUCAGACGACAGCUUCACUUUGCCCUCAACCCCAAGCCCUUUGACCCAGAGCAGGGAGGAGACGGCAUGGCAAGCAGCAGUGACAUCACCAGGAACAUUGUGACCUAUAACCCUGAGCAGCUCCCCCCAGAGAACUCCUCCUUCCUGGAGAGGAACUUUGUGUGUCGCUUCCGCUGCCUCCUGGACAACUCCUCUGGCUUCCUGGCUCUGAACUUCCAGGGGCGUCUCAAGUUCCUCCAUGCCCAGAGCAUGCUGGGGGAUGACGGGACACGCAGCCAGCCCAACCUGGGCCUGUUCACCAUCGCCACCCCUGUCCAAAACCCGUCCAUUUUGGAGAUCAGAACUAAGACAAUCUUCUUCCAGACCAAACACAAGCUCGACUUCACCCCCAUGGGUGUUGAUGCCAGGGGGAAGGUUGUCCUGGGCUACUCAGAGAUGGAGUUGUGUAUGAGAGGCUCUGGUUAUCAGUUCAUCCAUGCAGCUGAUAUGAUGUACUGCGCAGACAACCAUGUCAGAAUGAUUAAGACAGGAGAGAGUGGUCUGACCACGUUCAGACUGCUUCAGAAGACUGGGUGCUGGGUCUGGGUCCAGGCCAAUGCCAGGCUCGUCUACAAAGGAGGAAGACCUGACUUCAUCAUCGCACGCCAGAGAGCUUUGCUUAAUUCCGAGGGAGAGGAGCAUUUACGCCAGAGGAAGAUGGAGCUGCCCUUCAGCUUCACCACCGGGGAGGCCCUGCUGUACGAGACCGGCCCCACUCUGGAUGCCACUGAGUUCCAAACCAACUCCCCAAAAAUCCGCAAGGUGGAGUCUCUGGACCCCCAGUCUCUGCUGGGCUCCUUAAUGAACCAAGAUGAGUCCAUCUACACCCAGCCCCAGGAGCCUCAGCUACCCAUAGACCAGGCAUUCAUGGACAGCCGAGCGCUCACCAAUGUGGCCUGUAACUCCUGGCAGAGUAGCAUGGAGCCCCAGGGGCCCGACGGGGAUGAUGAUGGUGACGGCCCCAGUGAGGUGAAGCAGAAGGGGGCGGUGGUGGCCAUGAUAGACGCCCUGGAGAAGAUGGCACGAGAUGGGGACCUGUGUGAGGCGCUGCAGGGGCUGGACGUGGACGAGGCCGAGCUGAUGGAGUGGGAGAGUGCCCUCCUCAGGCUGAGCCAGGAAUCCAACGGGACUGGGGGCGGGGAUACCUCCCCGGAGCUGGAUGACAUCAUGACCAAUGACAUCUUCUCUUACGUGGAGGAAGCCUUGUUCAAGGAGAGCAGCGAGGGGAGCGGUAACCAGCCCAACUGCUCCAUUAUGGUCAACAACAACCCUAACCUAAACCUGUUCACAGAGGUGUUUAACAACAACAACCAGGAUGGACCAUUCCCAGGAAUGGUCAGCCCUACAGGUGUAGGACAGUGCAAGCCCGGGUUGCUUGACAGCCGCAGCUUUAUCCAUAAUGGCUCCCCAGUGAACAGUCUAAAUGGUCAGGUAACAGGCAAUGGACCAGAUGGUUUGGCAGGACAGAACCAGGCAGGACCACACCAGGUGUUCAACAGCACCCAGAGGCUCUCCCACUUUGGCCCCCAGAUCCCUCAGAUGGACCUGAACAUCCCCACCCUGCAGCAGCUACAGCUCAAUGACAUCUUCACCCCCUCUCUGGAGCUCCCCGAGCUCAGUAUCCCACACAGCUCAGGCCAGAACGGGGCUGUUACGUUUUGCACCAACAUGGCUGGAUCCUGUGCUCAGGCACCAAACAACCACAUGGGAAGCCCUCAGGGUAUCACUGGCCGGGUCCACUCUAACCAGCCACCUCCACAGUUUUUCACUCAUAAUGGCUUGCCAGCUACAAUGGCAUCAAACGGACCACAACAGAUCUCUGUUCCGCAGUCCAACCAUGUAGCACCUAGUCUGGUGGAUGGCUGGGCAUCCAUGAUUCCCAGUAAUGCCUUUGUUUCACCCCAGAUUGAAUCUAGCAAUCUCAAUCUAUCUAAUCCCCUUCCGACUGCUUGCCUUCAGGGAAACAGUGCACCAUUUCAGUCACUCAAAAUCCAGAGAGUUCUGCAGUGGCCCCAGAACCAGCAGCAGCUGCCACCCCCAGCCAGCACAAUACAGAAUGGAAUAAUGGCAAAUGGACACACAUUCAUCCCUGACUGUCACAGUCAAGACUCAGAGACUCAAAGAGUCCCUCUCACAGGCAUUUGGCCACAGAACCCCAACAGACUGUACCACCAAACUCAGCAUGGGGGAUUGGCCAAUGGCCAGCCUGCUCCAUCCAGUAGCUGCAUGUUUGAGAACAUCUCACCCCACCUACCUAAUGGAAACAGCCACGUGGAUGGCACCAGGCUGGCCUCCACGUUGUCUGUAUGCCAGAGUAGGAUGGUGGACCCCCAGGACCAGAGUCCUCCAAAGGGCUCUUGCUACUUCCAGUGGGGCCCCAGUGAGCCGGUGGUGGGCACGUCAGCCGUCAUCCAGGACAGCACCAGCACCAGCCCCCCGUCUCGCCCGCUGGUGGCCAACAUAACCACCCCUGAGGGCCUACUGGCCAUGCAGCAGUACCUGGCUGGAUGCAGCGGAGUCGGACAGACACAGAUUCCAAGCCUCCCUGUUAUAGACAGCAAUGGAAUAUUAUCUUUACCACCCCUUGUAAAUGGAUCCAUGUGCUUUACAGAGCACAACCAAAUCAACUAUUGCAACUUCUAAACAUGCGUCACAUUGCCUUACGAGGUACAAAUGGCGGACAGAGAGAGGAGGAAGCCAUCCAUGAAUCUAUUCAUCCUUCCGUGAAUCUAUUCAUCCUUCCAUCUGUACGCUUUCAUAGACAACCCUCUGCCUUAAGAGAUGUCUCAGUGAGGGUGUUGUGAAGACAAGCCAUCCCCUCAUCAUGUGUGGUCAAACACACCAUCCCAUCUCCCCAUAUCAGUGUUUGCAGUAAAUACAAGGACUCCUUUAAUUACCCCUUGUCACUUCUGUCAGCAAUGGAACAAAAAGCGAUAACUUCAAAUUGAAAUUCAAGUUUUCACUCAUGGGAAAACAAAACAAAAUACUAAUGUUGUACACAAAAAUAAAGUCAUAACAAACAUUUUUGUAUGGAGUGUAAAUACAGAAAUUGAAUCUAUAUUCUUAUAUAAAGACAUUAUGUAAAACG